UGUUACAAGUGUGGUGCUACUGUAUUUCUUGGCCCUGUUGAUUAAUUAUUGAAGAAAAUGGAUCGGACCUCCACUCUAACCUCAACUUUUGCUCUCCUUCGGUUUAUUUUGGUGCUAUACAUUUUUUCAUCGGUUUAUGGGAAUUCUGAAGGUGAUGCUCUGAUCACCUUCAAGAAACAAUUAAGCGAUCCUUACAAUGUUCUCCAAAGUUGGGAUCCAAGCCAUGUUAACCCGUGUACUUGGUUUUAUGUUAGUUGCAACUCAAACGGUAGUGUCACACGAUUAGAUCUCUGGAACAUGAGCUUGACUGGUCGACUUGUUCCGCAGCUCGGUCAACUCACCAAUUUGUACUACUUGGAGAUUUCUGGUAAUAAGAUCACGGGAAAAAUUCCUAAAGAGCUUGGGAACUUAAAGAAUUUGGUUAGUUUGGAUCUUUACAUGAAUCAGUUAGAAGGUCACAUUCCAAGCACAUUAGGCCACCUUCAGAAGCUUCGCUACCUACGUCUCCACCGUAAUGCUUUGACAGGAACUAUCCCAUAUUCGUUAACCACUAUAACUACACUAAAUGUUCUUGAUUUAUCUUACAAUCGUUUGAGUGGACAUGUUCCGGUCAACGGCUCCUUUGCAAAAUUUACACCUUUAAGUUUUUUCAAUAAUCCGGGGUUGAUAUUUCCUUUGUAUGUCCCCCCACCUCAAUCUAGAGAUGUACCAGUUACUGCUCCAGCUCCAGCUCCAGCUAAGCCCCUAUAAAUCCAUGCAGGCGAAGAACCAAGUGAUGAGCGGUUUACGGACUACGUUUAUUUCGGAAGUACUCGUAUUAUAAGUGUUUGAAUAAUGAUUUAAUUUAAAAUAUAACAAUAUAUGUGCGAGUGAGAGUUUGAUCAUUGUUGAAUAACAACAUUUUACUUAAAAUAAAUAUUUAUUAGCAGUUGAAAUAAAAAAGUCUUUGUAUUUUACUUC